AUGUAUGGCCGGAAUGAAGCCGCCUCGCCGCUCGCCGAGUCUCUCUCUGUGCCGCUGCCUUGCCGCUCUCCAGGUCUCCCUCUCUUUCUGUCGUCGUCGUCUCGCGUGCUAGCGCCUGUUGCCACCGCUAGGAUAUUGGGGGGAACAAUUGUAUCUGCAACUGUCUAUGGAUCCGCUCAAAUUCAGUUCUGGGAUGAACGCAUCAUACAGUAUAAAAGAUACUAUGUUUCUGGGGCAACUGUGCAGCAAGCAAAUCCUUUAUAUCAAAUCAGUGACUAUGGUUUCACUUGGACAAUACAAAAAGGCACAUUGGUUGAAGAAUAUCCUGAAAAAUUACCUCCACAGCUCCCGUGCGAAAUACACCUCCAGGAGUACAGCAAACUGAGCAUGUCUAGAUUUACAUUGGGCAUUGAAGACAACACUGGUCUCAUACAAGCUGUUAUCAGUGGUCCAGAAGCUGAACAACUACUUCCAAUGACCGCAGCCCAAAUGAGCCUUAACAAAAACCAGCUAGAAAAUGCCAUGGAGGUAGAAGCAAAUUUUCAGAAAAAGCAGAUCACCUGUUAUGUGAGACACUACAUUUCUGAAUAUCAAGACAAAAAUGAAUCGAAUUUUGCUGUUGUGGUUGUCUAUGUGAACGAGGAUAAUAUUGAAGAUAUGUUGCCUUUAGAUGAAACAAACACAUCUGUUCACUCACAGAGACUCGGCAAACAGGUUGCCGUUGAGGAGCAGCUCACACCAACUGCACACAAAGUUCUUGCCUCAAUACUUAAUACACCAUCACCAAUUACCCUUGAGAAACAAAACAAACAAGGAGCAAAAAGAUCCAUCAACUUUGAUCUCGAAACAAAUGAACCAACUGAUGCAGACCAAGUAGAAGCAGAUCAUCCAGAAGGACCAGUCAGUGGAGGUUCGACUAAACGCCAGAAAAAAAAUCCAUAGCCCAGCCCUCUAAAAUACCCUCUCUUUUGUGUAGACGCUACGUUUUGGAAGACCGAUAACAGCUUAAGCUCUCAUGCAUCAUCCGUUUUGUCGACACCCAACCUUUUGUGUACAUAUUUUGUUUAGAAAUAACUAUCAACUUCCCUAUUAAUAUUCCCUAAGUUUGGAUUCCGGUACAAACUUAGUAAAUAUUAAUGAUUAUAUUAUGACAUAUUGGCUACUGUAAUUAAGGAUAACCAUUGCAUGAGAAACUUGACUGUACUAUUUUGUGCUGAAAAUUAAUGUAAUGAUAAUGGCUUACUAUAAGGUCUUCAGACAUUUGCAAUGUACUAUUUUGUACUCCUAAAAGUUAAUGUAAUGAUGAUGGCUUAGUAUAAGGUCUUCAUACAUUUGCAAUGCAAUUUAUAGCCUGUUCAUUACCCAGCCCAUAAGAAAUGGU